CCCCCCUCUCGUUCGCAAAAGUUCGCUUUGGCCGACACCCCCCCUCCCCCCAAGUGCGAACUAACUAUAGUUUAUAAUGAGGCUAAAGUUCACUAUAAAGUAACCUCGGUCGAAAAGCUCCAGUCUGACCUGGGUGAAGGGCCCCACUGGGAUGAGAAGCAGGGUGUUCUAUGGCACACAGAUAUUAACGAGUUUAAAGUGUGCCGGCUCAAUGUUACUAGCGGUGAUACCGAGUGCCAUAAAUUGGAUGACAUUGCCACCCUGGUACAUCCAUAUCCAAAUGGCGAGGACUUAUUGGUGACACAGCGUAACAAAAUGGUUAAAUUAAACUGGAAAACUAAACAGACCACGAUUAUUGGAGAAGUAGCGCCUGAACUGAAGGGUAAGGAACGGUUCAACGAUGGAAAGGCCGAUAAAACGGGUAGGUUAUGGAUGGGCACAAUUCUGGACAGCGAUAAGGGUGUAGUUCCCGGUAAGGGUAAUCUGUACAAGUGGGAGGAUGGUAAAUUCACCAAGAUGGCCGAUAACUUCUACCUGACCAACGGUAUGACGUGGCCUAAGGACCAGAAAAAGAUGUUUGUCAACGACUCCCAGGGCCGCAAGAUAUAUGUGUUUGACUUUGACCUCGAAAAGGGAACUCUCUCCAACAAAAAGGUGCUAGUUGAUUGUAACAACAGCACCGACUGGACAGUGAACGACCACCCGGACGGCCUCACCAUCGAUAUCACCGACCAUUUGUGGGCUGCGAGUGACUACGCGGGACGUGUAGUUAAGAUCGAUCCCAACACCGGCGAUGUGGUGGACACCUGUUCCAUCCCGUGCCCACUGACCACUACCCCGGUGUUUGGCGGCACCAAUAUGGACGAGAUGUUUGUCACCACCGCUUAUAAGAACGGCGGUCCCGACCAGAGGACAGCCCACCCCACCUGUGGACAGACACAUAGGAUUACCUCC